AUGGAACGAGGGUCAGCAUCCCAGAUGAAUUUGCUUAAUAUUCUCGAUCGAGUUUCAAUGAGAAUUCAGAUUAAGGGAUCAUCAUGUGAGUAUGUUGGAAUGUAUCAAGUAUUUACAUCGAAUACAGGAUUACGGGGAUUGUAUGAUUAUGGUGAUAUCCCAUAUUAUGAAAAAUUUUACAAGGCGAUCGAGAGGAGAUUUAAUUUUAUUAUAGAGUAUCGCAAAAUUAGAGAUGAUAGUGUACGUGUUUGUGAUGUGCAAUGUACGUAUUGCAAAAUUCAGAGAAUUUUUCAUAAGGGUUCAAGGGAAAAAUUUCAAAAGUUUGAAUUUGAUAUUGAAUUUGAUGGGAAGAUAACUUGGGAUUGUGCGUUGGAAAUUGUACGAAAGUUAAAUAGAAAGAGAAAGUUGUUACGAUUGAAUAAUAAAAUUAUCUGGAGAGAAGAUUUUAAUGAUGAUAAUAGAUAUAUGGUUGAAGAUGGGGACGAGUUGCAUUUAGAUUUCAUUGUGUAUCCUGAGAUUUUAGAGGAGUUUAAUAGGGAUGAGUAA